GCAAUUGUCAUUGUUGUGGCCUAAGUCUAGGCCUGAACUUGAAAAUAUACUGCUGGCGUCCCAAGAAAGGUCUUCAAAGAAGAAAAUGGAGCUGAGUCGCUGGAAACGACUUUCAAGGAAGCUAAAUGCCAAGUCUGCAUUUGACAAUGACAGUGUGGAACACUGGGUUAAGAGAGUGGAGAAAGCAUCGGAAUUUGCCCUUUCAAAUGAAUAUUUUACCAGAAAUGCAGAUUUACCUGGAAUGCUUUGGCGACACGCAGUAGAUCUGGGGACAUGUGAGCAAGCAGAGUAUCAUGAUGACGUCUAUGAAGAAGCUCAGGAGCUCGUCAGUGACUGGUUAGACAAUAAACUUAAACAAGAGUUAGCAAGUGAUGGAGAAGGGGAGAACACUGUGCCAAGCAGCCCUCCUGUGCCCAAUGCCCAUGGCCAUCUGAAGUAUGACAAGUUUGAUGACUUAUGUGGCUAUUUGGAGGAAGAAGAGGAGAGCGCCACUGCUCAGCAAUUUAUAGAGCAUCUGCUCCAUAAAGAGGUGCUGGAUUCUGAGAUGGUGGAAGAGCUCGGAAGGGAGGAAAACCAAGGCAAGAGGCGGCAGAAGGACCCUCGUCUUACCAUGGAGAUGAGACAUAAGCAGGUAAAAGAAAGUCGCUUACGGCGCGAGAAGCAGCUGGAGUUGCGGAGAAGGGAGAAGGCCGUGAGGAAAGCAGCCUUCCUGGAGGCUCAGUGUCUAGUGCGGGAAGAGAAGAGAAGGAAGGCUGUGCUGGCCAAGAAAGAGAAGGAAGAGGUCCAGAGAGAGAUGGUAAAGCUGCGCAGGGAGAUACUGGAGAGAAGACGCACGGUGGAGGACGCGUGGAAAGCAGAAAAAAAGAGACAAGAAGAUUCUCAGCGGGAUCAAGAAGAAAAAUUGGUGGAAAGUGCUCAUGUUUAUCUGGAUGAAGAAGAAGUUGCAAAAGAAAGAAAAAGAAAGAUGAGAGAGAUCCUUAUCCAGACUUUCAAAGAGAAUCUCCAGUGUCAAAAACGGUAUUUCUCUGCCUGGCACAAGCUGAUUCUGGAUCAUAGGAUAAAGCUGGGGAAAGCUGGGACCCUGUCUGACUGGAAGCUUCAACUGAAGGUCCUGCGAGCCUGGAGAGACCAUGCACGAUCUCAGAAGCGGAAGCGGGAGACCCAAGCCUUGGAAAAUGACCUUAGGGAAGAGAACAGAAAACAGCAGCUGGCUACCGAGUUUAACCGGAAACAACUUCUCCGAUACUGCUUUGCUGAAUGGCAGCGUUGGCAUAGUUCAGAAGUUAUAAAGAGGGAGCUGGCGCUAGCCAAGGAGCAAACUCGGAAGAAAAUGGAUGAGCUGCUGAAGGCAGCCUCCCUCGGGAAACUCAAUUCCAAUGGGUCAUCGAGUAUCCAUCGUCUUGCAGAGACAACAGCCCAGGUGGACCUGCCAGUGGGAAGUGGAGAGGUCACCAUCAUGCCCACUUGGUGGGAAAAGCCACCCGUGGUGAGCAGGGGUUGUAUGCGGAGCCAUUCCCCAGGAAGAACAACCGAGGGUGAUAUUAAGGGUCCCCUCCCAGAUGUCUGUGGGAGCACACCUGGCACACAGCAGCCCAAGACUCCAGAUGCUAAGACCACUAAACAGCCCAGGAGCCAUGAAAAGCCUGGGACCACUAGCCAGGAAGCAGAGCCUGAUUGUGAGGGGCCUUCCCACCGUCGCUAUGUCUACCAGCAACAGCUGAUUGAGAAGCAAAAGAAGAAACUCAAGGAGCAGCAGAAGCUCAUUCAGCAGCUGAAGGAAGACCAGCGGUUGGCUGAGGCCCGGUGGGCAGCCAAGCGUGCCACAGCAGUCACAAAAGCACAGAGUCGCCUUCUGUCCAGUCCCAGAGGAGCGGAGGAGCCGCCAGGAACCUGCCAGAAGCUUCUGAAGUGUGAAGACAGUAGGACUGAUUCCAGAAAUUCUCUUUCUGCAUCCAGAAGGAACCUGACGGCACCCCAUCCCUUACUGAAAGCCAUGGAAGAGAGAGCAAUUCAACGAGCUGAACGUAGGCGGAUCUUGGCAGAAAAGAAGAAAAAACAAGAAGAAGACAAAUUGGCUCAGUUAAAGGCCCAAGAGGAAGAACGCCAGAAGAAGGAUGCAGAAGAAAAGCAAGCUCAGCUGGAGAGAAAGCGAGAGGAAAAGAGGCUGAAGAUGAUGAAAGAACUAGAGAAACUGAAGAGAAUGAAGAGAAAUCAAGAGCUGGAAGCAGUAGCCAGAGAUCACUAUGAAAAGGUCUUGCUAAGGAAGAAAGGCCUGGAGCCCUGGAAGAGACUGAGAAUGCAAAGCAAGGAAAGCAUGGAGGUAGCAGAAGAACAUUACUCUUUGGCUCUUCAACGAAAAUGCCUGCUCACUUGGUUCCAGUGCAGCCAGGAAGCUCUGGCUGUGAGAACAGCCCAGGCUGAUCAGCUGUAUUCCCAGCUACUGUGUAGAAGAGUCCUCCGAAGCUGGUUCCAGUAUGUCGAUGAUCUGGAGAAAGAAGUAAGAAAACUCUGUGCCCACUUACUGCAGAAGAAGGUUUUCAGGGCCUGGCUGACCAUGGUCAGGGAGCUGAAGAUCGAAUCCCAGAGGAAACUUGAGAUUGCAGCAGAACACUGUGACAGGAAGCUUCUCAGUGUCACACUUCAGACAUGGAAGGCAUUUGUAAAAUUUACCAAAGAAGAAAGGGUGAAAGAGGAACGGCGAGACCAACUUCGUCGGAAGGUGGCUGACAUCCUUCCGGACUUCCAGAUACUGACACCAUUGUGACAGCUGUGUACCAGUAGCUACGUGCUUGUCCUCAAGGAAGUCUUUGGUGCCAGGAUCCACCCACCUACACACCUACCUGAACCUGGUUUACUUUCUAGAAUGUAUAGGCCAGCGGGAUUAUCUUGGGAAAUUGUUCUUCCUUCUUGAUCUUUCCUGGGUUGUUAGGCAGCUGUCUAUCACAGUGGGGUCAUCCAAAGGAGCAGUCUAGAGCACCACUGUUCUGUGUAUUUUAUAUAUUUUUAGCAUAAUAAAGUUUAAAAAGGACGAGGGUUUGCCUGCCUGGACUUGUGAAGAAAGAUGUGUCCUUAUCACUUACUGUGAGGUGCUGGUUAAGUGGAAGACUGGAUGGAAACAGAAAGCAGUGAGGACCUAGAAAAGAAGGGAGGGGCAGCCUAUGUUCUAGGACCACAGCAUGAGUGACAAGUGCCCGACAGGGCCCAGCCUACCCAAUGGCAAACACCGCUGCAGCACAGCACAGCGGCCCAUCCUGAGUUCAGAGCAUCUAGGACGCCCAAGCACCUUGCUGAGCAUGACGGAAACUCCAAACACUAGUAACAGCUCCAGCGAGGACCACCCAGCCCCUCAUCAAAAUGCCUAGCCAUGCUCCCAACUGCAGCUUCUAAGUAAUCCAUCUGCUUUGUCUGCUUGGCCUGGCAACUUAGACUGAAUUCAAAGAAUGUUCUAAUAUUUAGGAUUCUAUAAAGAUUGAUCAAAUGUUCCCUUCUGUGAACUUUUUUACACAGAAUCAUCUGCUAGGAAUUUUUCCCAUUAUGAAACAUAUCUUUAUUAUGACAAAUUCAAACAGUCUACAAACGCACACAGUAAAAUGAGAAAGAUGGUGGUGCUCAGGACAUCUGAACUGGUAGACUAGUGAGCGUGCUUGAUUCAGCAUCGUGCAGUGCAGACUCUGGUCCUUUUGUCAUGAAAGAUGUGGAGGGUGGGCUGAGAGACAACAGAACGGCAGAACUGCAACCCGGCCACACACCUUCUUCUUUAACAUCACCAUGCGGCUGUCAUCCAAAAACACAAGUGCUUUGAAGACCAAUGGCCAAGAGAAUGGGACUGAAAUCAUAUUUAUUCUCAUUCCAUCUAAACCACUGUUUAUAAUUAUAGCACAAUCAUGAAAAUAUUGGCCAGUAACAACUAAACACAAAUCAAAGCCACACACAAAUAUUAAUUUAAUGACAAGCCUGAAGAAAAGGGUGAGGUCUUUCAAUAAACAUGUCCUAAGUAAGUCAUAUAAAAUUAAGUUUUCUAUCUUAAACUUUAUCUUGCUUCACCCCAAACACCAACCAUGCUUCUCUGGGACACAUAUUUUGACUAGGCCACAGUACCAGCUUAUAGACCCUUCUACAAGGAUCAGACUCCUGACGGGCCAUGAUGAAGAUAUGGUCUGAAACAUGACUGCUAACUGGUGCCUUUAUAAACAGUAUCUGAUCUACAGAACCAGGGAGGAAAAGAGGAAGGUGAAAUUCAGGGUCAGCGAAGGACCACGGGUGGGGACAAAGUUGUCAGGAGGUCACGCAGCUUAGGGUUUUCUUAAGGCAAACCAUUUCAGGACACACCAAGAAUCACCAACUGUUUCUGUAAAGAAAGCACUUUAUUUCCUUUUAAACAACUUGUCACAGGACUUUAUUUUGCACAAAUGGCAGUGUUUAGUAAAAUCUCCAUUUAAAAGGCUUUGCUUCUGAGCUGAGGUGGCAGGCCAUGGACACAGACACAAAAAAAGUGCAGCUGUCCCCUCAGCCUCCAGCCUGUUGAUGGGCCAUCCAUAUUAAAUAUUGAAUUUAAUGUUAAAUUCAUUCCUGGAUUUCUCUUAGUCUAACACCAGAUCCUGAAAUUAGAUCCGAUGCAAAGGUCCCUGAGCCCUAACAAAUCAUCAAAUCACCAGCCCCUGGCACCAUGAAUGGAGCUUGUCAAUGGCUUUGCCUGAAAAAAAAAUCCAAGUUCUACUUGGAUCAUUAGAACAAACCGUCUCUGGUUUUAAAGCUUUGCCUUUUAGAUAUGAAUUUCUAAAGGUGAACUGUGCCCCAGGAAGGCUCAAGCCCAGCGUGGAGCAAGGCUGCUUUGCUCACCAUUCCCGCUGUCCCACAGUGGAUGCUCAGAGCCAGCUCCAGUGCAGCAGGACAUGGGGAGUUCCAUGUGGUGCUCAGUUCAGUUAACAUGGUUUUCACUCUUGCCCACACGACGACCUCUGCGUGUUUAAACUGCUGCUAAGCAGACCAGAUUCUAAGCAGGUGCCUCCAGCGCAAGUCACAUCCACUACUUGUCUGGAAGAAAGUCUCAUUUUUAAAAAGUAUGGCUAACAAAGUGAAGUCCCAGAAGCCCACUCGGCUAGUUUAAAGAGAUGGGCGAGUGCACAGAACGUUUCUUCUAAACUUUGAGGGUGAAGCUCUGCGUCUACAGCUUUUUGCUUCUGUUGGUUGAGCUUUCUAUAAAAAGCAGAUGUCCUACCAAAGGAAGUAAGUCUGUUGGGCAGAUAUCAGCAUUACACAGGCUCUUACUGGCGUUGUGUUUUCUGGCAGUGGAAGGUUCUGGUAUACAAAGUUUCCUUUUGCUAAAAAUAUUAGAAGUAUCGAGAACUAUUGCAUAAGAGAAGUUUUCAGCCUCUUCCUUCUAGGCAGAUGGUACAGUAGACGGCAAGCAAUGCGUUCACCAAAGGAAAGCGCCACUCGGAGAGCAGAGGUUUACAAUCUCCUAGACAGCCAUGUGGCUGAAGAAACAGAAAGUACUGUCCCUAAAAUACAUCUAGGGCUUCAUUUUAGUGGAGAAUACCAACGCCUACAACAGAAUCCCACCAACAUGUGGCAAUCAUAAGAAAGCUCAAAAGUCUAGGAAUAUAUGCCAAAGCUACCCUGGGGCCUAGCGGAAGCUGCUUGUGGACAGCCCCUGGUGUAAUGUCUCCUAAAAACAAGCCCUUCAGAAGGCUGAGUAUGUAUUUCCUGCUUCCCCUCUACGAAGCAACAAGGCCAAGGCAAAUUUAAGGUCUCACAAAUGACCUUUGAUCUUUGGGAUCCCAGAACAGUGUGUGUGUAAAAACCAAACACAUCAAGAGGGAGUUUUCUUCAUAUUAAUCUCCCAUCUCUGCCAGAAAGACAGCGCAUUCUGCGGGAACAUACAGUCGUUCCUAUGUUCCAGCUCAGCAUUGGGAGUUAGGAAGAGCAGUCAGGUGUCCACUGUCGGAAAGCGCACAAACCCGGUUCUUCUCUCCUAGACACUUUCAGCAGGGAAGAGUGAAUGGGAAGGCUGAAAGAUCCACAAAACAAGGAUCUUCUCACAGGGCUGACUUUCUGAAACCCUCCCGUCAGUUCUCCAGGAACUUAAACUCAGGGCUAGAGAGGUGACUCAGCAGUUAGCAGCAUAGGCUGCUCUUCCGGAGGACCCAAGUUUAGUUCUCAGCACCCACGGCAGGUAGCUCACGGAUGCGUGUGACUCCAGCUCUGAGAGAGCUCUUCUGCCUUCACACAUACACACACACACACACACACACACACACA